UUUUGAAUGAUUGAAAGAUAGUUCACCGAAAGUGCUGAGAAAUUUCCUCUGUGCUAGCUUUUUACUUUUGACUACUUUCCUGGAAAAUGUAUGCAUAGUUUUUUACUUGGUGUUCUUUCAUUCUGGUGAAGAAUAUAAGUUUAUUCAAAAUAGAUGAGCUAAGUUGCUGAGGGCAGAAAGAGAGCUGAAAAACUGAUUGGGAAGUGUCUAUUGAUAUAUUUACUCGUCCAAGUUCUAACCAGGCUAUAAUAUGGCUGCUGCUUCUUCUUGCUCUGCUAUCAUCCCUCGGAAGAAAUAUGAUGUAUUUCUUAGUUUCAGAGGCGAGGACACCCGGUAUACUUUUACCAGCCAUCUUUAUGAGGCUUUACGUCGGGCCAAAAUCCAAACUUACAUAGAUUACAAAUUGGAGAGAGGAGAUGAAAUCGCACCUGCCCUUCUCGAAGCAAUCAGUGAAUCGAAGCUUUCGGUUAUCAUUUUCUCCAAAAACUAUGCUUCUUCUGCAUGGUGCUUGGAUGAACUUGUGCACAUACUCAAAUGUAGAGAUCUCUAUAAACAGUUUGUUAUACCCAUCUUCUACGGGGUAGAUCCAUCAGCCGUACGCAAACAAUUUGGGAGUUAUGCAGAUGCAUUUGUUGAACAUGAGAAACGUUUCAAGGACCCAAUGGACAAGGUGCUCAGGUGGAGAGAGGCUUUGACAACAGCAGCCAAUAUAUCUGGGUUUGAUUCCCAAACAAUUUGGCCGGAGUCUGAUUUAGUUAAGAUUGUGGUCAAUGACAUUUUGGCGAAAUUGAAUUGCAAAUUGGAAAUCGCACGGGGUUUAGAGGGCCUGGUUGGAGUGGAAAAACACGUUCAACAAGUUGAACUUUUAUUAUGUCUCAACUCACUGGAUGUCCAGAUUGUAGGUAUUUGGGGUAUGGGUGGUAUCGGUAAGACCAACAUUGCUGAGGUUGUAUUUGCUCAUCUCUCUUCUCAAUUCGAAGCUUGCUGCUUCAUUGCAGAUGUUAGGGAAUCGGAGGCGAAACAUGGACUAAAUGGUUUGUGGAAUCAGAUUCUUCGUAAACUACUGGAGGAUGAAAAUCUAUGUAUGGCCACUUCAUCUCUUGUCCCAACUUUUGCAAGAGAGAGGCUUCGCAGUACAAAGGCCCUCAUUGUUCUUGAUGAUGUGAGUGAGUUUUCCCAAUUAGAACUUUUAGCUAGAGGUGAUUGCAAUCUGUUUGGCCCCGGAAGUAGAAUCCUUGUAACAACCAGAAAUAAACGCAUAUUUAGGAAUGGUGUUGAUAAUGAUAAGAUAUAUGAGGUUAAGGAAUUAGCCUAUGAUGAAGCUCUUGAGCUCUUUCAUUUGACAGCUUUUAGAAAUAAGUCUCCCCCGGGUGAUUAUACAACUUUUGCAAAAGAGGUGGUAGAUUAUGCUGGAGGCAAUCCAUUGGCUCUUGCAAUCUUGGGCUCCGUAAUAUUCUGUCAUUGCAAGAGCAAAGAAGACUGGGAAAAUGCAUUACGUAAAUUGAAAAAAUAUCCUAACGAAAGAAUCCAGAAUGUAUUGAGAUUCAGUUAUGAUGGAUUAGAAAAAAAUGAGAGGGAGAUAUUUCUCGAUAUCGCCUGUUAUCACAAAGGGAAGCGUAUUGAUGAGGCAAAAAGAAUUUUAGAUGAAUGUUUUUGUGCCGAAGAAGGAGUAAAAAUUCUCGUUGAUUUGUCUCUCAUAUCCGUAAGUGAACGUUCAACACUUCAGAUGCAUGAUUUGAUACAAGAAAUGGGUCGGGAAAUUGUUAAAAAUUCUGAAAAACGCAGUAGAUUGUGGCUUCCAAGUGAUGUUCGUCGUGCAUUGACAAAUAAUACGGGUACUGAAGACAUUGAGUGCAUGGCCAUGAAUAUGGAUCUCAUUAAAGAUUCAUAUGUGAAUGUUGCAUCCUUCGAAAAGAUGGAUAAGCUAAGAUUACUAGAUCUAUACUGUACCCGGGGUGUCAACAAAUUGCACCUUCCUCCAGGUUUCGAGUUUCUCCCUGAGGCCCUUAAAUAUCUGAGAUGGCAUUUCUAUCCUUUGACAUCUCUGCCGUCGAGGUUUUCUUCAGAAAAUCUUGUCGAGCUUCAUAUGCGCGUCAGCCGACUUGAGCAACUUUGGAAUAAAGGCGUGCAGAUCAAUCUUGGGAGCAUAAAACGUAUCGAUCUUAGUUACUCCGAGCACCUGGCUGAUGUUUCAGCUCUGAUUGAGAGUCCAAAUCUCGAGAGAAUUCUCCUUGGGGGUUGUAAAAGUUUGGUUCAACUUCCUUCAUCGUUUCAGAAUCUUGCCAAGCUUACUUUUCUUAGUCUGAAUGGUUGCUCCAAUCUCAAAAUUCUCCCAGAGAUGCCAGGCAAUCUGGAAGUCUUAGGGUUGCGAGGGACUGCAAUAGAAGAAUUGCCUUCAUCAAUUUGGUCUCUCGAGAAGCUUCAUCGUUUGACACUUAACACGUGUGAAGAGCUUAAGAGUCUUCCAAGCAGCACUUGUAGGUUGAAUUCGCUCCCAAUUCUUCAUCUACUUGGCUGCCGCUCUCUUGAGUCUUUGCCUGUCGAGCUACCUUCUGCGCUGAAGGAAUUGUACUUGAGCGAUUGUGAGAGUCUUGGGUCUUUGCCUGCCCAGCUACCUUCUGGGCUGAAGGAACUGAAGUUGAGAAAUUGCAAGAGUCUUGGGUCUUUGCCUGUCGAGCUACCUUCUGGGCUGAAGAGACUGGAGUUGAUCUCUUGCAAGAGUCUUGGGUCUUUGCCUGUCGAGCUACCUUCUGGGCUGAAGGAACUGAAGUUGAUCAGUUGCAAGAGUCUUGGGUCUUUGCCUGUCGAGCUACCUUCUGGGCUGAAGGAACUGAAGUUGAUCAUUUGCAAGAGUCUUGGGUCUUUGCCUGUCGAGCUACCUUCUGGGCUGAAGGAACUGCAGUUGAUCUCUUGCAACAGUCUUGGGUCUUUGCCUGUCGAGCUACCUUCUGGGCUGGAGUACCUGGACUUGAGCCAUUGUGAGAGUCUUGAGUCUUUGCCUGUCGAGCUACCUUCUGGGCUGAAGGAACUGAAGUUGAUCUAUUGCAAGAGUCUUGGGUCUUUGCCUGUCGAGCUACCUUCUGGGCUGAAGGAACUGAAGUUGAUCAAUUGCAAGAGUCUUGGGUCUUUACCGAAGCUGCCAUGGCUUCUAGAACUGGUUAAUGCACAUGGCUGCACGUCACUAGAGACAGUCUCAAGUCCGAUGAGGACUGCACCCAUACAAGGUAGGGAUCAAUAUGUCAACCAUUCUCAAGAAUUCGAGGAACUUUCAUUUAUGAAUUGCGUGAAAUUGGAUCAGAGUGCACGGAGCAACAUAAUGGCUGAUGCACAGCUUAGAGUUAUGCGAUUUGCAACUGCAUCACGUCUCCCCAAUAAUAAACCCAGUACGACUAAUAUUGUUUGUCCGGGAAAUGAAAUUCCAAAGUGGAUGAGGUAUCAAAGUGAGGGAUGUUCGAUAAAUAUCAAGCUUCCUCCUCAUUGGUUUCGUCAAGGCUUCAUCGGUUACGCUCUAUGCAUUGUGGUUGCUUUCAACAACUAUACGCCACCAUCGGAUAUUGAAAAUUAUUCCUUCUUUGAUUGGGAAACCCAUCACAAAACUAACAAUAGUCACGAAGUUUGUUGCGAAGGCCUCGUUAUAUGCCUACCAGCUAUUCUCAUCAAUUCAGAUCAUGUGUUCGUGUGGUAUUUCUGCCCUGAAUUUGUUCGAUUAGAAAGUGCAAUCAAUCGUGAGGAUUGGGUAAAAGCAUCCGAGGCCUCUUUUGACUUCAAGUUCUACGAAGAUAGUAUUUACACCCCAAAAGAAGGAAAUCUCUCUGACCCCUCCACUGUGAGGGUGAAAAGGUGUGGAGUCUCCUUGUUGUAUGCCCAAGAGAUUGAAAAAUUACUUGGAGGCAUUGAUGAAGAUGAAGUUAUGGAACCAAAACAAGCAGUAGAAGAAGAAGAUAUCAUCAUCAAAACUAAGAGACGGCGGGACGAGUCUGAACUCAGUGGAAGUGGAACUGCAAGCUUCAAAGGAGACUAUAACGACCUACUACCUCCCCAGAGUAGUAAAAGGAAAAUCAACGUCAUGUGAAAUAUUCACGUUCAUAUGCCAUUUUAUGUGUCACAAGCGACAGGCUUGAGAUCGUUGGAAGGAAUCAAAGCCAACUCACCGGAAAGGUGUUUGACGUAACACCUGAGAUAACGGAGUUAAGGAGAAAUAAGAGUGAGGAGGCCAGCUGUAAAGUCUGACUCUGGCUCUGCUGCGACUUUGACAAGGGUGCCAACUUAAUCCCAUUCCAGAAGUACACUGGGACCGGAUCAAAUUGCCAAGCACCAAACAAUCCUGGUUUACCACAAGUCUGAACCUCAAGGAAUGUGAGAUGUUGUGUAUGAAGAACUGCUCCUGUACAGAUUAUGCAAAUUCUAAUAUCAGGGAAGGAAGAAGUGGGUGCUUGCUGUGGUUAGGUGAUCUGAUUGACGUAAGAAAUUUAACUGAGAAAGAGAAUGGGCAAGAUAUCCAUAUAAGAUUUGCUGCAUCAGAACAAGAUAAUGAAGAGACUAGUACCAGAAUCAAUGCUAAACCUGCUAAAUCCAAUGUGAAGAAAGUGAGAAUGAUAGCUAGCACUCUUGUUUUAUCUACUGGGUGUAGCUCUGCUCUUUUAUGUUUGGAAGAAAGAUGCAGGAAAACAGAGCCACAGCCACAAGGAAAAUCUGGAAUUACCAUUGUUUGACUUGGCUACUGUUGUUAAUGUAAUAAACUAGGAGAAGGUGGCUUCGGAUAUGUCUUUAAGGUAAAAGCUGACAAUCAUGUCCACUUGAUACAUGUAGUUUUGGUUUUAACCUGGACUGAUGGAUAAUUGUACUACAUAGUGCAAGUAAAUUGUGAAGACUACCCGAGCAUAAAUUUUAGUCACAAUAUACAUGAACUGAUAGCACAGGAAUCUAGCCAAGCUUCUAAGGUGCUGCUUUCAACAAGAUGAAAUGAUACUGAUCUACAAAUGCAUUCCCAACAAAAGGUUGGACUUCUUUAUUUUCGGUAUCACUGAGAACUUUAUAUUGGUUUUAUUGGUCCAUAUGGUUACGUGUCCCCAGAAUACACAAUUGAUGGGUUCUACUUGAUAAAAUCCAAUGUCUAAAGCUAUGGAGUUUUGGUGUUAGAGAUAGAGAGUGGGAAGAGAAACCGAGGAUUCCCACAUCCAGGCCACAAUCGCAACCUUUUUGGACAUGUGAGCUACAACUGUCAACUUGAAAGAAAUGUAUUGCUGCUUGAUUCUUCUUCUACAACUGUCAACUUGAAAGAAAUGUAUUGCUGCUUGAUUCUUCUUCUUCUUCUUCUAUAUAUUCAGUAAAAGUGAAUGUUUUCUUCUUUCAAGCAUGGAAGCUGUUCAUAGAAGGCAUGUCCAUUGAACUUCUUGAUCCAUCGGUGGAGGACUCUAUCACUCUACAUGAAGUUGUGCGACCGAUUCAUGUAGGUCUUUUAUGUGUGCAACAAAAACCACAAGAUAGGCCGAGUAUGCCAGCUGCUGUUCUAAUAUUGAGUGGUGAAGGUGCAUUGCCUCAACCUCAGAAGCCUGGAAUUUGACAGAACUUGAAGAUUCUACAGAUGAGGCUACAGAAUGUUCAGCUAAUGAACUCACUGUUACACUAGUGAGGGCACAAUGAAUGUUGAUAUCAUGUUGAGUAUUCUCUUCCCUUCAUCCCCUUGCCUUCCUCUGAUAUGAGUCGGGGCUCAUUUGAAAGAUGAGUUACAAGCACAAACUUUUGUUAACACUUUAGGCCUAGUUAAUUAUCAACUUCUCAUUGGCACCAAUUUGAGUCUGAAUUAACCACUGGGUUGAACCAGCUAACUCUUAGUAAAUGACACUGUAAAACUGUAUAUGGAUGCCUAACCAGCCAUUUCAAUUGAAACUUCGACUGCUACUCUUAUAUCCCAAAAGCUACACUUACUACAAUACAUUUUCUACAACUUAUUUA